AUUUUGAUCAACCCUCAUCUGCGUAUCCUCAGCAAUAUAUCUGAAACCUGUUUUCCUUUCAAAACAUUGUAAGUAAUUGUGGCGAAGUGUCAAAAUGAAGUUUCCUGGAUUCAUUUUGAUUUUUUGGUUUGGGAUAAUUUUCAAAGGAAGUAUUUGUUUUCCGGAACCACGCAGCAAUGUCAGACUCAGUGAUUUACAGAGACAAAUAGACGAUAUUAGAAACGAAUUAGAUGGAAAGGUAGUUAGCAAGCGAGAUUUAUUAGAAACGUUGUUUAAGAUGAUUGCAGGGCUAGUCGGUCACAACGAAAAAGAAUCGACUGAGACAAGACACACUCGUAAUCUUGAACAGAGCGACUCUUCAGACAGAUAUCGGCGACAAACAACGAAAGUUUACUAUCGAUGAAGCAUAUGAACAUGGCACAUUGAACGAUUCUGCUGCUGAGUUUCGUAACACAACAGCGAAAAUGAAUUAUGAUCUGUUAGUGGAAUUAAAAAAGAUCGAGGACAUUUAUAGCCAACAGUCGGAGUCAGAAGGAAGACACCAUGCGCUCAAGAAUGCAAGCAUGCAAGUAAGGCUCCUAUUACAAAAUAUAACAGCAUCGAUUGACAAUUUUUCUUCUCUGGCAACUACCUAUGUCUCAAAACUGUAUUUUGAGAAAAGCUUGUCUCAAAAGAGCUGCAAUACGCAUGAAACUGGAAAUGACAUGGAAAAUGCACCUAAAUCAUGUCAAGAUGUAAAGGAAAGCGGUAUCCACACCAUAUAUCCAGACUUUAAAACAUCCGGUCUGGAAGUUUAUUGUGAGAUCGAUCAAGGCAAGGCAUGGGUUGUUAUUCAGCGUCGCAGAUAUGGAACGGUUGACUUUGAUCGCUCCUGGGAGGAAUAUAAGAAUGGCUUUGGAAAUCUUACUGGUGAUUUCUGGCUGGGAAACGAGUAUAUAUACCACAUGACCAAAUAUCAGUCGCGUCAGCUGCGAAUAGACAUGGAGACGUUUGAAGGCAAAAAGGUGUAUGCAAUGUAUAACGAGUUCGGUGUUUCGUCAGAGGAAGGAAAGUACAGAUUGAAAGCAGAUAUGUACUCCGGUGAUGCUGGUGAUGCAUUAAAUGUUGCAGGAAAGAUACAUAAUGGACAGAUGUUUUCUACGUAUGACGCGGACAAUGACAUCUACAGCAGUUGCUGUUCUUGCUCCUAUAAAAGUGGUUGGUGGUUUGGUGAUUGCCUAAGGGCAAAUCUGAAUGGCAAGUAUUACUACAAACAUGAAACUGUACCGGGUACACAAGGUAUUGUUUGGUAUACACUGUCAACAUCAUGGUCGGUUAUGAAAUUUGUAGAAAUGAAGAUACAUUAAGGACGAUUCAAUAUGUCGACAGAGUUCCAUAUAACGUUAAUGAAAGUCGCUAUAAAAAUAUCACUUACUCCUCGUCUUUUGGAUAAAAUUAUUAUGCAUGCCAGCUUUUUGUAUUUAAAUUUAGCUUUUUCAAAUUGUAUUGCAAUAAAAAUGGGAAUAUAUUAUGUACAUUUAGUUAUAUUUAAUAGGAGUAUGUACUAAGUUAGUAAUGUUUUAGUCUAUUGUUGACGCUUUAGCAAUCUGUAACAUUUAGAACAGAAUAAAACUGUUGUCUCAUGACAAAAAUAGUG